AUGACCACAGACGACGAUGUGGUGCUUCCUAACUUUACAAACGUUGGAGAACCAACAUGCAGUUCAUCAGAGGGAUCGACAUCAUCCUCAGACGCUACCGUCAUCUAUAGUAGUAUUCCUCCCGAUAUCGGUAUGGAUUCCAUGUCCCGUGCAACGAAGUCGAGUGUGGUGGGCGAAAUGCUUCGGAUCACUAAAAGGGUUGGGGGGAAGCUAAGUGUUUUUGCAUGUGAGCGAACGGAAGGAUCACCUCCAUCGGUUUACGAUCGCGGACAAAGCUCUGUUUGUGUGGUUUGUCAUCGUACUAUUGCUGAUCGUGAAAUGUUCUUAAAUUUCCCUGAUGACCUGGACAGACGACGAUUGUGGGGUAAUAUGCUUGGCUUCAAGUAUUCGGACAUGUUGCGCCUUCGUGAUGGCUCAGUUGUGCUCAGCACUGGUAAUAUUUGCACUGAUCAUUUUUCUGAAGAAUGCUUUAGGGUAUUUAAUUUCAACAAGGCGGCAAUUGAAGCCUUGGGAAUGCCGUCUAUCGUUUCUCCGGAUGUGCGUCUCACUCCAUCCAAGAAAUGGAUACCUUGGGACUGCACUGUUUGCUCUUUCCAAAGCCACAGUGUUCAUGCUAUGCAACGGCACAUGGUCGAACACACUGAUGACGUGCUUUUGCGAUACCACCCGAAAAGUCCUCGAGGUCUUCUGUGUCCAUUCUGUCGCAAAUGCACAUACGGUUACAAGACUAUGAGUGGUUUGAGAAGACAUUUGAUGACACCUCCUGUGCAUCACUGUCAACUCAAACGUAUUUUCGAAAUCGCCCGUGUCAACUGUCGUUCAUCACUUCUUGAGCCGUCCGUAAAGUGGUCGUCGUGGACUGAUCGUAAUGUGUAUUUUGCAUACCACGGUUGCGAACCUCCACCUCAAACUCCCAGGAAAAGGCCCAGUAGUGCUUUACUUCAACAAUCGGAAUUUGACGAGCACGAUGAUCCAAAUUCGGAUACUCUUCAUGGUUCGAGUAAUUCUACCGAACAUUCUCAGUUGUCUGUGGGAGAGGAAUGCACUGAAAAAAAUCUCACCACAGCACAAAUCACACCUCCACUUACUCCGUCAACGGUGCCGUCAAGUCCUUCCAUUCCAAAGCAAGUGCAUGGAAGCCCCUUAAAGCACCGAAAUGCGCAUAAAAAUCCUCGUCGAUCACUCAUUUUCUCGUCACCUGUUAAACGCGACGUAGCUGGUCAACUAAAACCAACUCGAGUGAUAUCUCGUCCAAUUCUACAACUUCGGAAGCCUCUUUUGCCGACUGAUGUUGUGAAACCGAGUGAUAAUAAAGAGGAAAUUAAGCGAACAUCCAGCGAAGACGACGAUGAUAAAUGUAGAGCAGUUGCAAAAAUAAUCCUGAAAGCAACAUCUGGCCAACACCAAACUCUCGCCGACGCCUUGAAUUUGAUGUCAACUACACAAGAAGAAGACCCACUUCCCGAAGAUCCAGCUCUAGUAAAGCCACUUUUUCUUGAUGGUGACUCCAUUCAUGAUGUAAACGUUGGCAAAUUUCUUUUCACACAAGAUGCGCGUGCUGCCAGAACUCGCCGUCAGUUGGAGUCUGUUGAAGCAAGGAUACGUCUUUUCGGUGAUUGUUCGCUUGUAGAGGUACCGUCUGGUUACACGACAGUUGAAACGCAAAGCGGAGUUCGUUUAAUUGAAGGAAGCGCCGAUGUCGCCCAUGACAUUUCUUCAAGUACAAUAUGUCUUCCGCGUGGGCGAGUUCUGUCACAGAUGUCUCGACCUCCAGACAUUAAAGAGAUGUUCUUCCUGGAGCGUGUGCCAUCAUUCUUUACUAAAUUAUUGUUGCUGGCAUAUUUUCCACUCGGAUGUGCCGUCCUAAUAAUACGAUUAUUUAUCGGUUUGCAUGCGUUUCUCAUCGCUUGUUUGUUGCGGAAGACUACAAGAGUUCGUUCACUCGUACUAAGAGUGAUGUGCGCUGUGCUAGGAAUAGUGGUUUGUAGUGAGAAAAAAAGGUCACCCAGAAUUAGUAUCAUAUGUGCCAAUCAUGUAAGUUCGCUUGAUCACCUCGCUGUUGACCUCAUUGAACCGUGUAUUUUGCCUUCAGUCUGGGACGUUCCCGCUCUUAUCAGAUGGUGUUUUGGAUGCGUGGACCUUGGUGCACGUAAUGGUCGUUCUGAACUUAUCCGACGUGCUCGUAUUCAUGUCGAAAACGAAGCUCUUCCUCUGUUGGCAUUUCCCGAAGGUGCGAUAACUAAUGGGCAUACUGGAUUACUGAAAUUUAGCUCAUGGCCGUGCGAUGUUUCCGACCAAGUACAACCAUUGGCCCUGCAAGUGUAUCGUCCCGUAUUCAAUGUGUGUCCUGCCACACUUGGUUCAUCUUGGCUAGUGGACGUUUUUUGGUUCGCUUUCCUUCCUGUAACUGUUUAUCAACUCACGUGGCUUCCCAUUUUACGAAGGGAUAACGAGGAAACAGUCGAAAGUUUUUCUCAUCGUGUGGAAUGUUCUAUUGCUGAAUAUCUUGGAAUUAAACCAACCAGCUUUACACAUGGCGACGCAAUUGAGGCCGCCAAAAGACAUCUUCAUUCAAGAUCACUUUCUGCACCUGUAAAGAAGACGGUCGAUUCGCGCAUGCUAGAUGAAAUCGCUAUGCGAAUUAAGCAGUCUCAUCCAUCAGUGACUCUUUUCGAUAUAAGAAUGGACCUGGAGUGUUCGCGUGAUCAGCAAUCUACGAUCGAUCGAAUCAAAUCUGGUCACUUAGGAACCUUCCCACGCAUAAUAGGAAAGGUGCCAUCGGACCCAUCAGAAUGGAAAAGACUUUUCGCAGAAAGAAAAUGGACAUUAAUAGAAACGAACCGUCAACGUUACCUUGCCAGGCUUAAUAAACUUAUUGGAGCUGGAGAUCAGUAA